UUGACAUGGCUGCGCGUGUACUGAAUCAAGUCCGAAGGAGAAUGUUAACAAUUGAAAGAGCAUUGAACCAAGGAUCCGCAGGACACCGUGAAUUGCAAAUUAUUUCUUUAGUAAUUGCAAACUUGUAUCUAGUAGAACACCAUUUAAGACCUGAAACGUUUCGUGAGCUUAUAGAAAGUUUGAAUGAGUUGAAGACAUGCAUCGAUUCACCAGAACCAGCUAGCUUGUCUUACCAAGCUCCACGCAGUCGAACAGGCCAAAGAGGGAGACCAUCUAUUCAUGUCACCAGAGCUCAGAUACAAGUGCUCCAAAGACAGGGUUUUACCAUUAAAGCAAUGGCCAGGAACUUGGGUUGUUCAUCCUCCUAUCUGUACAAAAAAUCCAUAUUGUUGAGUAUUUCUUUGCGUCAUCGAUUCACAACUAUUGGCGAUGAUGAGCUUGAGCAACACAUAAGCAGACUACACCAACAGUGUCCACAAUCAGGCUUAACGAUGAUGCAGGGAUACCUUCAGGCUGAGGGGAUAACGGUUCAAAGAAGAAGGGUUCGUGAGAUGCUGACCAGGGUGGACCCAGCUGCAGCAGCCCAGAGGUGGAGCAACGUUGUUGCAAGACGCAGUUAUCAUGUGCCAUUUCCAAACAGUUUAUGGCACAUAGAUGGCCACAUGCGUCUCAUACGAUGGGGAUUUGUGACCCACGCUAGAAUUGAUGGUCGUUCUCGUGUGAUCACGUUCCUGAGAUGCAGUACAAACAACACUGCUACAACUGUGCUUUCACAUUUUGUCAGAGCCACUUGUCAAUAUGGAGUCCCAUCAAGAGUGAGGUCAGAUUGCGGAGGUGAAAACACUUUGGUUGCACUGCUAAUGACUUUGUUAAAUGGACAGGGUUGUGGUAGCCACAUCACUGGCAGAUCGGUUCAUAACCAGCGGAUUGAACGUCUUUGGAGAGAUGUGUUCAUCCAGGUCAUCCACAGUUUCUAUAAUCUCUUUUACUCUUUUGAGGAAGACCUAAUUUUGGAUCCAAAUGACAACAUCCAUAGGUUUUCACUGCACAAGACAUACCUGCCUGAAAUCCAAAAUAGUUUGGAUUGUUUCAGAGUUGCAUGGAACAGUCACAGUCUACGCACAGAGCACAACUGCACACCCAAUCAAAUCUGGAUGGACGGCAUGCUUGGAAACAUUCACCAAAAUGCCACAGCUGUGCAGAGUCUUUGGGGAGGAUCCGUACACAGAGGAAAGCUUGGAAACAAUGUUGGGAAGAUAUGAUAUUCAGCUACCUCGGUUGCAAGCUGAAGCUGAUAAUGAUGACCUAGACCGGGCUGUCAUCGUAGAACCACCUCCGGUUGCUCUGACGCCUGAACAAGAGCAGGCUCUUCAGGAUGCCUUGACGGGGAUCACAGAUUUAAAACUGAGGUAUCAAAGCUGCUGUAGAGUUUUGAGUGAAUUUGGCAUUGGA